GCUUAUUGGAAGCGGAGGAGGUGGUUGCAGCAGCAUGGCCAGCUCCAGCACGGCAGGGGGUGCGGUUGGCGGAGAAGGAAGCACGAGGCAGUCGGAAAGAGGAGGGGGUAGAGGGAAGGACAUUGCGAGCUCGAGCGCACCUUCGUCUGGGCUGGUUGACAAAGUCCCCACGCCGGCUACAAACCCAUCCUUGUUCGUCCCACAGGCGGAGGAAAAGCAAAAGAAGCUGCAGGGCGAGAAGGAGGUGUGGAAGCAUGUAGAGCAAGGUCAGGAGGCUGUGCCAAAGGGGCGGGGAGAGUAUUGGCUGCGGUGUCGACUGUGCUCGACCAUUUGCAGGGGCACGAGCACAAGAGCCAUUGAGCAUUUCCUAAAACUGCAGAAGCCUUGCCCUUUCAGGACGGGCGAGAUAUUGCACAAGCUGGUGGCCCAAGGCGCGAAGGUGCUGUCGAUGGACAAGAAGACGCAAUACAUUCUGCAAAAUUAUCGGCAGCUUCACAACAUUUCGGCGGGGGGUGCUACUGUCAAUGACGACGACGAGAGUGCGGUUGUUCCUCGCGGUUAUGAGGAGCCACAACCGCCGGUUGCUGCUGGGAGGGAGCCAGUGGAGGAGCCGUUGCAGCGGGGAAAAGAACCUGCAGCGGCACAGGCGGCUGGAGAAGAUGGUGCUUCCACCACAAGGAUGGCUUCAAUGCAGCAAACGACCAUCAAGAGAUGGGUCGACAACGCGGCGCAGAAGAAGUUGGAUGUCGCGUGGGCGGAGGCAAUGUUCAGAGUCGGAAUUGCAUUCCAAUUCCUGGAGUUCGACACCACGCAGCAGCUGCACAGCGUGUACCUCGAGGUGGCGAACGCCAGACCGCAGGUGAAGUUGUCGUCUUCGAAGCACAUUCGGACUGUAAUGCUGGAGUUCAUUUUCAUGCGCAUUCAAAAGCAAGUGGAGCCGUUGACAAAAUGUUGGGAUGUCACCGGCUGCACUUUCAUCACGGACGGGUCUAACGAUCGGAGGGAGCGGCCUGUCACGAACUUCUUAGCGGCGGGGGAGCAAGGAGUUGUUCUGGUGGCGACGGUGUACAUGGACGGCAAGAAGAAGACAGGAGCGGCGUUGGCGAAACUGUGGGAGAAAAUAACGAGGGAGAUUGGGUUGCAUCGCAUCAACGCGAUAUGCACUGACAAUGCGGAGGUCAACAAGAGAGCAGCUCAAAUUUUGGAACGGCGCACGGACCCUGCAGUUGCAAGGAUACCUUGGGUUCCCUGCGCUGCACAUUGUUGCAGCUUGCUGCUAAGGGACAUCAGCAAGUUGGACUGGGUGAAGGGCACGGUGAAGCGGGGCCACACCAUCGUCAAAUUCAUCAGGAAUCACCACACGACAAACAGUUUCAUGAUGAGCUUGGACUCAUCCUUAACGCUGUUGCGACCGACCGAGGUCCGUUUCGGGUCGGUGUACCGGAUGCUGGAGCGGAUACACAACCGGAGGGCAGUUUUGAAGGACGUGGUGGACGCGACGAAUGUGGGGAAAUGGAAGGCGAUGCGGUGGUCGAGCGCAAAGCUGCAGGCGAAAGCGGAUCUCGUGUACUUCACACUGCGGAGGGAUGCUUGGUGGACGGAGCUACGGAAGGUGGUGGAGAUGAUGGAGCCGUUGUAUCUCCUUCUGCGGAGGAUGGACAAGGACGGGACAGCACCGUCAAAACUUGUGGAGUACGACCGACUCAUGGAGAGGAUGCUGGCGGAGGUUGUGCUGACACCGGAGCAGCGAAGUUCGGUCUUGGAGAAGGUGAGGGACCGCAUGAAGAUGAUGCGGCAACCAGUGCACGCGCUGGCUUUUCUUCUCGACCCGCUGAGGAGAGAUUUGAAGUGGUUGCUGGAUCGGGACAGCGCACUUGUGCAGAACGCGCUGCGUUAUUUGCAGAGGCAAAUUGGCGGACCUUGGAAGUCCCAGGCGCACAGGGAUAUAAUGAAAGACCUGCGCGAGUUCCACAAGCAACCCACCGCAUUCGACCCCAAUCGGAAGGACAAGAAGAUGUGGGAGCCGAAUGCGGUCGAGGAUGCUGAUAUUAUCUCGUCGUCGGAGUGGUGGGCAACAUAUGGUGGCGAUGUGCCGAAGUUGCAGGCCAUCGCCAUCAAAUCAGUGAUAGAGACACAAGGUUCGAAGGCAAACACUGGCAACAACUAAUGAAAGUCUACGGUUCACGAUUAUGUCAUCAGGCAGGCACCCAGAGACUAACGGACAAACCGAGCAGAUGAAUAAGUUGCUACAGCAAGUACUGCAUAUGUAGAUAGACCAGACCAGCUGAUUGGGAUGAGCAUCUUCCCAAAGUGGCACGUGCGUACAACAACUCUGUGGAUUUGGCCACAUCGCGCACACCAAAUGAACUGCACAAAGGUUGGCGUCCUCGGCGCCAGAUCGACUGUCUAAAUCCGGAUCAAAUUCAGAGACUGCCACCCGGUACAAGGGAAUCUGCUAUACAUCACGAGAAGGAUUUUGAACGAGUAAAGGAGAACAUUUGGAAGGCCCAACACCAAAUUGUAGAGAAGGCUAACAAACACCGCAUACCGUC